CGCGCCGAGGUCGUCCGCCUCCGACCCAAACUCAGCCCAGCCCACCCUAUUUUUCCCAGCCCAGCCCACUUGUCUGCAAACCCUUCUCUUCUCUUUCUCUCGAACUCGCUCUCGCUCACGGCUCACCCUCGCUGCCUCUCGCUCUCUGCCUCCUCUUCUCUUGCUCGUCCGCUCGCGCUCGCCCUCGCUCUCUGCCUCUCUCUUGCUCUCGCUCGCCCUCGCCCUCGUUGCCUCUCGCGCUUGCCCUCUCUCUCUUGCUCUCGCUCGCCCUCGCCCCCACGCUCGCGUCGGCCUCGGCGCCUCGCCCCCUUGCUCGCUGCCCUGCCUCUGAUUCAGGUCUUCGUUUUACUCCCCCCCCCCCCCCCCCCCCAAACUUCCAGAUUUGCUUCAUUCGAGCCCAGAGAAACCAGUUGUUGUACUUUCUACCAAAAGGAAAAACUUGGUUGGACAAUUUUUUCUGAGGUAAGGUUCUUUCGCUUUCCAUCCAACCAUACCAGCUGCAUCCCAGCUUACAUCUAUGCUGCAAGUAGAAAACGAGUGAAUAGCUUCUUCUCAGCCAUUUCAUCUCAUGAUCCAUUAUUUUUACUAAUCAAAAGACCAUGAAGUUCACUGCACUAGUCAGAACCAUUCCUCGCCACCCCAACCUUCGUGAAAUUACCGGACUUUUACAAAGUCGUUCCUUCCAACUUGACUUUGUUCCUAGAGAUGCCAAGGCAAAGCCUAAGAGGUACAAGUAUCCAGCCUUCUAUGACCCAUAUGGCCCUAGACCCCCACCCUCUGAUAAAAUCAUUCAGCUUGCUGAACGGAUUGCUGCUUUACCCUCUGAAGAGCGCAUUCAGAUAGGUCCAACUCUCAGAGAGAAACUUAGGCAUCCCAAGAUGCAACCAAUUUCAGUAGAAGGAAUGGACGCGGGUCCACAAUCCCAUGGAUCCUCAAAGGUCGAGGAGAAGAAGGCGGAGAAGACAGCAUUCGACGUUAUGUUGGAAAAAUUUGAUGCGGCUGCAAAAAUCAAAGUGAUCAAAGAGGUGAGAGGCUUCACAAAUCUGGGAUUGAAGGAAGCUAAAGACCUGGUGGAGAAGGUACCUGCUUUGCUUAAACAAGGAGUCACCAAAGAGGAGGCCAACAACAUAAUAGAGAAGAUAAAGGCUGCUGGAGGGGUCGCGGUUAUGGAGUGAGAUUCUGCCUCGUGGUUGCUACUGUGCUGUUUCAUCUACUGCAAGCGGUUUGAGCACUUGACUUGAGUUUUAUGUCCUUGGUUGAGCUAAAGUAUUCCUAAGUGCUAGAAGAUUAGUGAUAAAAUUGUGUUAUGAAAUGGCAAAAGAAAGUGUUUUAAUGUGUACAACAUGCUGUUCAGGCAAAAUAUUUUUGGGAAAAAUAUUCCAAUCCUUUUUAUGAAUUUG